UAUAUAUCUGUAUACGUGUGCUAUGGAAAGGCGCAUGAAUGGAAGCUAAUAGCGUUUGCAGCGGGUUUUGCAACCAAGUUGAGCUAACAAAGAACUUGCGUGCGCUCGGAUAAAAUGGAGUACAGCAUUGAGAAUUAUGCGAACAUCAAAAAUAUCGGUCUAGAUUUCGGCGAAGUAGAGGUGGGAGUGACGAAAAUUAAAUCAAUUAAAAUUGUCAAUCAGAGCAGCAACAAGCAAUCCUACGUGGUUCAAAAGGAUUCAUUAAGUAAUCCGUUAGACUGCGUCUUCAAUGCCCUGGAAUACACGUGGACACUGAUGCCCUGCGAGUCUUACGUGUGCGACAUCAGUUACAGGCCGAUAUUACCGAACAGAAAAUGCACGGAUUACUUUUUCGUUACCGACACAAGCAAUUGCUGCUACAAAAUAGUAGUUCAGGGAUCCAGUUUAGGUUCCCAAGUUACCUCUUCGGCGACGAGGUUGAUAAUGGUUUGCGAAAAUAUGCAGUGCAGAAAGCAAAAAUGCUUCAAACUGACGAACCAUGCAAAAGUCGGGGCUAAAUUUAUGUUCGACAUCGACAUCGCUCAAUGUCCUUUUAAAAUUAACGAGCUGAGCGGCGUCAUAAAAGCUUCGUCGAGCAAAUGCUUCACGGUUUCGUUCGAGCCUACCGGUGCCGGGAUUUUCAAGUAUCGUCUGUCGUGUCUUGUGCUCCACCAGACACCACUUAUUCUGGAGCUUUACGGUAGUCUACCCUGUAGCCCAGGCCAAGACUACAUCAAGGCUUUUAACUCCAAAAUCGAAAUGAUCGAAGAACUAGACAUCUCGGAUAAUUUUACAAACUAUUUGCGCGACACGACGGGCGUAGUCAAAAGCAACCCACCGGCGAUUUCGCUAUCUUGGAACUUCAUGGAUUUCGGCCAAAUGCAAACCGGUUCGGAAAAUUACGUGAAAAGGACCCCGCAAACUGUAUGUUUGACUAAUCACAAUAUAUUCAAUUUACUCGUCAUCUGGGAAAAAGAUGUUUCAAAAACAUUCAGUAUUCAACCACAAGAAGCUAAAGUGCGCAGCAAUCAAUCAAUAAUUUUCGAAAUCCGAUUCGAUCCUGCCGAAGAAAACACUUUUUAUUCGAGAGAGCUGAUAGCGCGAACUUUUCGAUUACCUUGUUGCGAAACCAGUUUUAACGAUAUCGAAGCGAUACAAACGAGCACAGUUCCUGAUUACGUUUCUCUUCGCCUGAUUGGUCACACCUACAGUUACGGCUUGAAUGAUUGCAUACCGCAGUACGAAAUCCCGGAGACUGUGAUAAUGCCAGCUUGCAUUCCUGCUACGCCGGUUUACACGACGUUUAUGAUAAAAAAUUUUUGCCAGCAGCCUCUGAUGUUUUGUUUUGUUCCGCCGGACACGAGUCACUAUAGCAUCAAACCAAUGAUGGGACUUAUUGGACACAAGCAGGAGCACCAAGUAAUAGCGGUGCAGCUGUUUCCCGAAGCCGAAAGUGAUCGUGCCUACGUCGAACGCUGGGCAGUUCGACUAAACGGCAAUCCCGAGUACGAGAUCUAUAUCGAUCUUCAGGGCUUCGCCGAGCAAGCAAGCCUCGUCUUCGGCGACGUCAACACCGUGACCCUCGAUCCGGUGCACAUCGGCUGCCGACACACACAGUCGAUACCAGUACGCAACCCAACGCGACACUGCGUGCGAUUUGAAUAUUCAAGCAGUGACUUUCCAAAAGAACUUUCUGUUCAGGAGAUAAGUGGUAUUAUACAUCCAAAUGAAACGGUGCUCCACGAUUGGACUUUUGCGCCAGACCGAUUGGGCGAUUCAAACUUCGAAAUCUCUUGCCGAUUACGUACCGAUAUGAGCAGCAGAAGUACCGCCGUAAAAGUCGAUGUGACUGGAAAAUGCGCUGAGGGAUCUCUUAUAGCGAUUCCCGAAGAAUUGAAUUUCGGUGAACGAGCUUACAAAGAAGUGUGUGAGUCGGAAUUCAAAAUGUUCAACUUCAGCCCAGUCACGAUCAAUUUUUCACUGAUUUGUCGGCCUUCAAAACCGUUAGAAAUAAUGAACGAGCCAGAAAAUGAUAUUGAGAUUUCGCCAAUAUGCGGAUCAAUCAGUCCAGGAAGAGGAGAAAAAAUUAAAAUUGUCCUAACUCCAACCCAGCCAGGGUUUUAUGAACUGAAUAUUCAGUACUACGUUAGGUCACACCUAACGGCGGAUACUGUGAUUCCACUGAUCGAACCGCAAAAUCUUUGUACACUACACUGCAUGUGCUAUUUACCCACAAUACAAGUGCAGGAUUUGCUAUACCGAGCAGAAACUAACAAACAAGUCAGUAAAGUUUCUCUGUGGAAAUCCUUAUGUAUUGACGACUUCAAUAUAGCCUUAACAAAUCUACUACCUUAUCAAGAGACGUCAGUGGAAAUGACUAUCCCAUUCGUCGAUCUAAAUGAAAACGAAAAGUUUUUAAUAAAACUAUUAGUAAAAAAUACAAAGCCAAUAAAAUCUACAUUAUCUCUCAAACAACAAAGUACUUGUUUAUGCAAUGAUCAAAAGAGAAAAAGCCGACCGAGAACAAAAUCUACUUCGAAAAAUGGUUGUUUGUACUGCGUUCACGAUCACUCAUGUUCAAUUUUCCCGACAAAAAUGACGUUAUCGCCUGGCGAAACGGGUAUUCUCACAAUAGACAUAUCAAGUGAUACCUUACAGCCAUCUGGAAUAUUUUGGGAUUUAAAAAUAGGGGAAGAAAGAUAUAUUAAUUGGAAUAUCAAACUCGAAAAUCAAAUAAUUUUGUCUGGCAAUUACUUAAACUUCAAACAAAUAAAUCUUAAACGGCUUUACAUGCGCUAUCAGACAGCUUGGAUAUACAACGACAAAGAAUGCGAAGCUUCUUACACAGUAGACAUUAAAAAUCUUGUUAUGAUGAACAAGAAACAUUACGGAAUUAUUUUCACAUGUUUAAAUCCUCAAGGGAUUCUGAAAAAAUAUGAGCGCCAACCGAUAAUCUUUGGAUUUUGUCCGAACCGAUUCGGAAUAUUUAAAACAACUGUUUUAAUAAAAGUCAACGAUAUUGCAUCAAUUUUAAACAUAGAAGCCGAAUCCACAUGCACUGCUCGAGAGAUUGAUAUUGAGCAUGAUAAUUGUCCGCUUUCGGAUACAUUCACGACUCCGGAAAUAGAAGUAUACUUCAACCAUAAUUGCGUCAUAGCUUCCCCUAUAUCAACCCACGGAAAAUUGAUCAAAUUGGUCAUGGUUCAUAAUCAUCAUCCCCAAGACGUUUUGCAAUAUACGUGGAAAAAUUGCGAGAUACCUGAGCUAGUUAAAAUCAAUGUAAAUCCAACUUGCGGCUUAAUACAGCCUCAAACUCUGCUAACUUUCAUGAUAGAAAUAGACGUUGGUUCUUACGAAUGCUGCUUAGAUAUUGAUUUAUUCUGUGAUUUUAUAAACGUGAGCGAAAGACGUCUUGCAGAAAAAAAGAAGUCGGAAGAGGAAAAAAUGUUGUGCCAGCUGAAAAACGAAUUCACUAUUACAGAUAAAGGAAUCCUUCUUCCUAAGAAACCGAUUUUCGAAGAAACAAAGAAACCAUCAACGUUUUGCAAAACGUUGACGUUAAAAAUCCAUACCUACGAUUCCGAAUCCGCUGAUGACAGAGUUGAGUUGCAUUACCAAUUAAAAAAUACACCAAAUGAAGAAAUCGCGAGAAAAUUGACUACUUCCAAUAAAAGCAUUUCUGCAAAUGCAGCUAACAUGUCAACUCAUAUUUUUGAGAGUAUGAUAUGGGAUAUUAUCAAUAGUAGCAGUUUCUCUAAAACGUUAAAAGAAAAUCUAAAUAAUGUUCACGAUCUUAAAUAUUCUCAACUACCAGUCGACAUUGGAAGACGAAAAAAUCAAGCAGAAAGAACGGAACUCGUUCCACCGAAACGACAUGUGCAAGACGUUUUGCAUACCAUGAUAUGCAUGGUUGUCCAUGAAGAAUUCAACUUUGAUACGGCACACUUUUCUCACCCUACUGAUAUUCGGCAAAUAUCUUACCAAAAAACUUACAUGGAAGAACACCAUCAUCAUCGUCGUCAUAGUAAAAAAAUGUUUAUGAAUAAAAGCAUGCAAUAAAGUAUGCGAAGUAUUGGGAAA